AUCAGCCAAAUCGAAUCUUACCAUAUUUAAUACCAUUAAUAAAUUCUGUACUUUUUUUAACCUAUUGGUAAAGUAUAAGUAAUUCAUCGGAUUUCCUAAUUCCAUGUAUAAAGAAUGUGAUUUUCAUCUGAGAAAAAAAGCUGACCAUCUGAAGAACUGUCCGUCAGCACAAAAUAAACAUUUGUUUGUUGGAAAUAAAACACGUCUAUGUUUGUAGCCAGUAGGAGGAGAUUGAAUGCCACACCCACAGUGAUAGAAUUAGGUGUCUUCUGAUAUUAGUAUAAAUUUCAGACUCCACCGAUCGACUGUUAGACAGUAACACAGAUAAUCCAAAUAGCUGCAACUCGUCACCGCAUUUGAAAAGAAAAGAGUACUUGAGAGUUUGAGAUGGAUUCAGUUCGCUGGACAAGGAUUGUAAUCAGAGGCAUUAUGUGCCUGGCUGGAAUUAUUGGGAACAACUGGCUGUGCAUUAGCUCCCUGCCAAAAUCCGUUUCUCAGUUUCGUCCGAACGACGUCCUGUUUGUAAACCUGGCUGUAUCCAAUCUGAUCACCAAUUACCUAGUUGACCCCCUUAACAUUUUCCAAACAGAACGAUUUUUAUCUGUGGGAAAGGUGUUUUGCAGCUUUAGAUUUUUUCUGCCUGAAUUCUCAGAAACCAGCAGCAUCUUGAGCACCAUGUUCAUCACAGUCUACUGGCAUCAGAAGCUCGUGGGCUCUCUGAAACGCGGAGGAGCUCCUGUGCAAAUGGAAAAAGUUCACUUCAUCGCCGCUCUUCUGGCAGGAAGCUGGACCUUUGCGUUUGUCCUCAAUGCCCCACAUUUGUUCUUUGUUGCUGAUAAUCCUGAGAACACAACUGCCAUAGACUGCAAGGAAGCGCUGCCUUCGGAGGAAGCCAAUCAGGCCUACAAGGUGGUGUAUGUCACACUCGCAAAUGUGCUUCCACUUACCGGGGUUCUUUAUGCGAGCAUCCAGAUUGUGUUCACUCUGCUGCAGAAUGAAAAGCGUAUGAAGAAGCCAGGCACGCCGGUCAAGAACGAAGGAAACGCCUUACCAGAGAAAAGUGCAGACAACACUAACAGUGUACCAGUGGUUACCAAAUCCAAGUCACAAGCCAAAUCAAGUCUGGUGAGGGCUGCAAAGAGUGUGGUAGCAGUGGCCUUUUUUUUCCUACUCUGCUGGAUAAUUCACCUCAUCGUCAGCAUCAUUGGUUCCGUCACACCAUCCAGUGUGUUAGAUGACAUAGAAAGCUUUGUAGGAGCAUCCUAUACGUGCAUCAUUCCUUAUAUUUACCUGCACGGUGUGCAAAGGCUGACCUGCUCCAGAGGAGCAGGACGUGUGGUAGAUCAAGAGCAAGGAGUAAGUCAAACAGCAGCAAUUUGUCUUGACGUCACGGAGGGGAUUGCGCUGGUUAAUUUGGUAUAAUUCUGAUUACCCUGUUACGUGUGAAGUGUAAUAUUAUA